UCCCGUCAUUCUGUCAACUUACAUCGCCCAAGGUGGUUGUAAAAUAAAAAGGUUUUAAAAAUGUGUUCUCAUAACAGAAAAUGUAAAUUGAAUUACUAACAUGAGUGGUAACAUCAUUAUAAGAUUAAGCGUACAGUUGCUGGUCUCAUGACCAUUUAACAUUUAGCUCCCAUUCGGAGAAAUCGUAGAGCAAAUGGGUGACGUUGUUAGCUUAUUUUCUGUGAUAAUUAUGAAGUUUAAAUCUAAGUUCAAUGAGAGUAAAAUUUAUUUCCACUUCGAUCUUCCGUGGGAGAGGCUAAAGUCGGUGAAAUGGAUGAACGAGCGGGCCUCGUCGAACAAGGCGUAUGUGCCAACUACGGUGGAAAACAUGGCGAACGUGUGCACGCACGCGGUGUGCGUGGCGCCGGCGUCGGUGGGCGCGCGCGAGCUGCUCACGCGGUCCAUCAACGCGCCGCAAGCGAUCGCCGCCGUCGUGUACGGGCUCGCGCUCUGCCUGCUCUUCGCCGUCUCCACCACCUUCCACUCCGUGUGCUGCUGCCGCUCUGACACUAAAAUGAAGCACUUCCUCCACCGCUGUGACCGAGCAAUGAUCUACAUAUUCAUCGCGUCUUCCUACUUCCCAUGGCUAACCGUGGGGACGCUGUCCUGUUGGAUGCUCCGCGAGCUGAGAUGGGCCAUCUGGCUACUAGCAGUGCUCGGCAUCACCUACCAGCAGAUCUUCCACGAGCGGUACAAGAUGCUCGAGCUCUUGCUCUAUCUAGUCAUGGGAUUGGGGCCCGCCGCCAUCAUUGUUACUUCAAAUCACCAGUUCCCGGCUAUGAACGACCUGAAGAUGGGCGGCAUGCUGUACCUGAUAGGAGUGUUCUUCUUCAAGUCGGACGGGCGCAUCCCCUUCGCGCACGCCAUCUGGCACAUAUUCGUCGCCCUCGCGGCCACCGUGCACUACUUGGCCAUACUUCGCCAUCUCUUCCCCGAAUUAAAAACUUAAUGAAGACUGCCCAGCAACUAGUGAAUCUCAGCUUAGUAGCCCCUUGAAAGCUAGGUCUAUUCGUGUGUCCGGAUAUGAGGCUAGAUCUGUUACAUUUAAAGUAUACAAUUUUAAAGGUGUACAGCUUGGUAAAAUAGUGGAAAAUGGUCACCUAAGUAAGGUCAGUUUAUAGAAUCUCAAUCUAUGUGUAGUUUAUGUUCUGCUGUACUUUUACCGAUCUGUAUAAACCAGGAUUUGCGAAUAAGGUCCCGAAUAAUCAACAGGUGUUUUUUACAUCGCAUGUAUUUUUAAAGCCACUUUAUUUAUGUGUUAUGAGAUAUGUGAAUAGAACCAAAGCUUUGCAUCGUAUAAACCCAAGUCUCUUUAGCUAGGGUCGAACCUGUUUCAACGGACUUUGUUAAUACUACUCGUAGAUAUACCUAACGCGUAACCGAACGAUCGCGUAAUUAUUAAUUUUCCCGUAAACAAAACGAAGUAAACAAACUGCCAAUAUUAAUUAUUUCCCGGCAUAGAGAAUUUGCAUUCUCAGUAAAAUGUAAUUUAAAACUUUGUAGAGCGUGCGAUGAAUUUCCGAUAAUAUUAUUCAGCUAGGUAUUUUUCCAUCGAACCUCCUUAGUCAGACCUUAGAACUCUCUUCCCAGCGCAGAACUGACCCUGAGGGCAAACUUUAAUUCCUUCACGGCCACGAUCUGUUGUGUGAUUUUGUAGAAUAAAUCAAAUCAUCGAUCUGAUGAAAGCCGAGUUCCUGUAAGCGGUCCGUGUUAUAAACUUGUUGAAUUUGUAAUUGGUAUACCUCUUUCUAAAAAGGCAACAAUUAAAUUUUAUUAGUGUUUGCAUUCGAAUCAAAUUCGAAAACGAAUCGUUGGUAAUUAUUAGAAACGUAACAAGCCGCAAAGAUUGAUUUAUUAAUUAUCUUCUCGUUUAUGUAUUCAUGUGUGAACGAUUUCGAAAUGCCUCGACACGGACCGCAUUCGGCCAAACCUACGUAAGAUCUGAACGUGUGUAUAUAUUUUGUAAAAUAUUGUUGAAUCUUAUGUACUAUUGUUGUAGUUAGUGUUUGUAGAAUCUCAUAAUCUCGAGACCAAUCCAACCCUUUUUAGAGUAUUUAAUGUGUAUGUAUUAGGGUUUUUAGAAACAUUUAUACCUAUACUUAUAUAAAUCCAGUUUUUCAGCGAAAUCUUUUAUACACCUCAAUGUGAAUUUUCCGUAGAUUAGUUGGUUAUACAUUUUAGUGUAGAUCUGUGUACCAUCUCGUAAUGAAAUAGAUUUUACAAACGUGGUCAUUUUAUAGAUUUUAUCAUUAGUUAUGAGUUCGUUGAUUGCCUGCUAGUACGUACCUAUAAUUUCCAAUUUUAUUAGAUUUGUUAAGAAUUGCUCAAUUGUUCGUAUGGACGUGUUUGAUAGACUUCCAAAAGUAUUUAUUGUCUACUAACCUGUGCAAGAUCUCUGUUUGAUGUUGCAAUUAUCAUAUCGAAGUUUGCAGCUAAAGUUGGUUUUGAUCAAAAGUACCUACCUAAUGUAACUGCCUAAAUACAGUUGGAUGAAUUGAUCUCACGAUUACGCCACCCAUCGUUGUUCUCUAGAUGUGUCAUGUUACCAGAGCGACACAAUCGGCUCUGUUUGCAAACUGGACCGGACACAGAAUGUGCGUCCGACGUUCAUUAUUUGAUACCCGUACAAAGGGAACGCUGUUCUAAUGACAUCUGACAUUUAACCUUUUGCCUCAAGACGAUGUGCGAUGGCAACGUAGAAUACGAAUAUUCUAUCAAGAGAUUUUCCAUUUUUGUUCCAGUUAUAUUUAAUGUAAUCUCUAUACUUGCUUUAUUUUUAAUCAAUUGCUUUGUAAUGUGCAAAAUCUCCAGACGAUAAUUACCGUUUCUAGUCAUAUAUUUGCUACAAACUUUCGCAAAUUAGUGAUCAAUGUAUAGAUGAAUUUUAUUUAAAAUAUAUUGUUUUUGGAGUAAUUUUGUAACUGUUCGCCGUGUUCGCCGGGUAGUCAAGGUUAUCACAGGGUAAUUUGGUGUAUAACAAAUAUAACUGAUGGCACAAAAUUUCACGAAAUUAAUUUUAAAUGUACCUUUGACGGUAAUGAUUAUUUAUAUUCAUACGUAAAUGUAUUUUCGAAAGGCAUUAUUUUUAAAUUAGAUGGAAUGAUAAAGGUAAUUUAGUUAUGUAGACAUUUUCGUUUAAUAGCACUGGAGUUUGGUGUGGUAGUUACUAGGGAUGUUUAUCUUCCCGAUCAAUUUUGAAGCUAUACUGAUGUUGGCAGUGCAAAGUAUUUUUAAACAGGGAAAGGGUAGUAAAAGUUAUUUUUUAUGAUCGGGAUAUGAUUGGGGUCCUUGUGGGUGUGUAGUGCAUUGAACACGAUACCAUCUCGUAUCUCGAGUCUUCCAUGAGACGCCAUGGGAUUGCCACAAGCGUUCGAUAUGUUCUCAAAUCGUACGAUCUUUUAAACGUAUACAUUUUCGUCGUUACCUAAGUAGAUUAAAAAAAUUGAAUUGAACCUUUUUAUUUUCAACCACCUUCGUAAAUAAGUAGAGCUAGGAAUAGAAUGGAUACUCCGUGGAUAUUCCAUUAUAUUACUCUCUGUCUCUGAAAUAAUCCUCAUCAUUCCUAUAGUUGAUUUCUACUAUUCCAAUAUAUAGAAAAAUAAUAAUCCAUACCCCAAUAUGUCUUAAGAGGUACACACAUUGCAUAUUAAUGUGUGCACUCCUUAAGAGGACCUCUACGUACAUUCUUCACCUAACCGUAAUUAUCGGUAGAACUAGAUUUACUCAUUUUAUAAAACUACUGCAGGAAUUGUGUCAAUAUUUAAACAAAUUGUAGGUAUUUCGGUGUUGUAGUGGAUCCCCCCUUGUGCUAUUUCAGACAAAAGUUUAGCGUAACGAUCAGCCGAGAGGAAGGAAUAAUCAUAUAUUAUUAAUGUUUCAUGAGAUUACGGUUCCUUUCUUUUGUAUUCCUCGGAAAAUCUACAGAAUUCGCUUCGUGGAUGAUUCAGUGAAAUUAUACGAAUUCUUUUGUUGUUCGAAGAGCAAGAUUCGAGAUUGUCAUGAAAAUUAAUUUCACAUAGUACCUCCACAAAUGUUCAGAAUAUUUAUCUAAACUUUUGUCUGAUCCAUUUAACAUUGUUGUCUGUAACGCGUAACUUUAGAUAAUAAGCAAAUACUCUCAUCUGAUAUUAUAUUAAUGUCAAGUUUAACGUAGGUACCUCCUGUUUAGACAUUAAACUAAGAAAAGUCCUAGAAUCGACUUGCAAAUGUGUUAUUAAAACUGGAGGUAUGACAUCCGACAAACGCCCAGUAUUUGUAAUAAUUUCGUGAAUGUUACUAUCGGUGUUAUUUCAUGAAUGUUACCUUUGAUAAUGGACCCUGGUAUAGUUUUGUAGAGGUUUUUGGGAACUCAAUAAAAAAUUUACAAUCAA